AUGAUCGAUCAAAGUAAUCGUGCUGGUAGGCCAAAUGGUGUUAACGUUUUCAAAAAUCGGAGGAGGAAAAAUAGUGGCCAAAGUGCAGGUCCUUCGCCAGAUCUUGUUGGAGUACCUCACAACUACAGUCCUGACAGUGGUCAACUGGCUGCUGCAGCAGGUUAUCCGUCACAGUCCAUGUUUCCUCCUAAUCCUUAUGCAGCUGGAAUGGCGCAUCCUGCUUUCUCAAAUCCUGCUUUAACUGGCCAUAUGUUUAUGCCGGGUCCGAUGAGCCAUAUGAUGGCACCCUAUAAUGCAGCUCAAUCGCAAAUGGGUGCAAAUGUUUGGAUGGAAUCGCUUAUGCCCGGUCAUAUGCCAAUGGACGCCUGA